UACGAAGUGGUGUGGAUUUGCGGUGGCGCUGGGUAGUGGCGGCGGAGCAAUGAGGUGUCGUUGAGCAGGCCGGUCCCAAUCCAACUGGAUCACUGAAGAUAAGAAUAAAACAAAGAAAUCAGACCAUACUAGCGUAGUCUUUUACCACAAGUGCAAAACAAAAAUGGCUUCAUCAUCUAAUAUGAGCUCUGACAUCAGUAGAAGAAAUCCACAAGAUGAUUAUGAAAUAAUUCAGCGUAUUGGAAGCGGAACAUAUGGGGACGUGUACAAGGCUACACGACUUUCCACAAAUGAAGCAGCAGCUAUCAAAGUUAUCAAGCUCCAGCCAGAGACUUGGACGAGACUGUCGUGGGGCGAGGCAGGAUCGCCUUCACGGCCCGGGGACGACUUCAGCAUAAUCCAGCAGGAGAUACUGAUGAUGAAGGAUUGCCGGCAUGCUAACAUCGUCGCCUACUUCGGCUCCUACCUGCGACGCGACAAGCUGUGGAUCUGUAUGGAGUAUUGCGGGGGCGGCUCGCUGCAAGAUAUCUAUCAUAUCACGGGUCCGCUGACGGAGCCACAGAUCGCGUGCGUGUGUCGAGAGACACUGCGCGGCCUCUCCUACCUCCACACCAUGGGCAAGAUGCACAGGGACGUCAAGGGCGCCAACAUCCUGCUGACGGAGAGCGGCGGCGUGAAGCUGGCCGACUUCGGCGUCUCGGCUCAGAUCACGGCCACCAUCGGCAAGCGGCAGUCGUUCAUCGGCACCCCGUACUGGAUGGCGCCAGAGGUGGCAGCAGUGGAGCGCAAGGGCGGCUACAACCAGCAGUGUGACGUGUGGGCGGUGGGCAUCACGGCCAUCGAGCUGGCUGAGCUGCAGCCGCCCAUGUUCGACUUGCAUCCGAUGCGUGCUCUCUUCCUCAUGUCUAAGUCAGGCUUCAAGCCGCCCACGCUCAAGGACAAGAACAAGUGGUCACAGACGUUCCACAACUUCGUCAAGGUUGCGCUCACCAAAAACCCCAAGAAACGACCAACAGCAGACCGUUUGUCGCAGCACGCGUUCGUGCAGGGCGAGCCGGGACCGGGUGAGCGGCGGCUGAUGCGGGAGCUGCUGGACAAGGUGCGCAACCCGAGCGGCACCUUCCAGGAGCCGGAGCCCGACGAGGAGGGGGCGGUGAACAACGUCCCACACAGGAUAGCGUCGCGGCAGCCGGCUACCAAGCAACGCACGGAGUCGGAGCUGCACAUGGGCAGCGUGAGUUUCGAGCAGCCGCGCGUGUCCGAGCUGGCCGCCGAGCCGCCGCCGCCCCGCCGCCAGUGGAGGAUCGCCGGAGACGCCGACGAGGCUGAGGACGAGGACGAGGACGAGCCGCUAACGAGCCACUGCUCCCGCAGCCCGGCCGCCGCCAAUCACACGCUAGGCUACAGGCAGAGCGACGGCGGCGGCGGCGGCGGCGGCACGCUCACGCGCAGCCGUAGUCUGACGCGGCACGAGCCGCUCGGCCGCCGCCUGCACAGGGCCGCCCUGUCCGGCGCCGACGUGCUCAACCUAUCGCUCAAGAGCCCGGCCGCCCGGUCCGCCGAGACGCCGCUCGACAUAUCGCAACAGGCUACGCUGACGGUGGAGGAGUCGCGCACAGCCCGCGAACUGGCGUCCGCCGGCCAGAAGGAGGCUAAGGCACGCUCACCAGGAUCGGACUCCACGCUCCGGAGACGCCACAGCCUGGCCGGCGAGGACGACCUGGCCGAGCAGACGGGCACCCUGACCCUAGGUCACCGCACCAGGUCACUGUCGGACAGCGAGGCCACCUCCUCGACGGCGGCGGUGAACGGGUCGUCGUCGGCGGCGGCGGCAGCGGCGGCCGGCGGCGGCUCGGCUUCGCCCGUGCCGCCGCCGCGCCGCCGCGAGAAGUUCCGCAAGACCACCCCGCCGCGCCCCGUCUCCAACGGCCUGCCGCCCACGCCCAAGGUGCACAUGGGCGCCUGCUUCUCAAAGGUGUUCAACGGUUGCCCGCUGCACAUCACGUGCACGACCACCUGGGUGCACCCGCUGACGCACGACCAGCACAUCCUGGUGGGCGCGCUGGAGGGCAUCUACACGCUCAACCUCAACCAGCUGCACGAGGCCACCAUGGAGCAGCUGUUCAACCGGCGCACCACCUGGAUGGUGGUAGUGAAGGACGUGCUGAUGAGCGUGUCAGGUCUGAAAAACCCGUGCCUCUAUCGACACGAUCUGUUGGCUUUGCACUCAAGGCAAUUCAACAGAUUUUCGUUGAACGUGAACAAGAUACCGGAAAAGCUCGUUCCUAGAAAGUAUGCCAUGACGACUAAGGUGCCCGACACCAAGGGCUGUGAGCGCUGUUGUAUGGGCCGUAACCCCUACAACGGCUACAAGUACCUGUGCGGCGCCGUGCCCUCCGGCAUCUUCCUCAUGCAGUGGUACGACCCGCUCAACAAGUUCCUCUUGCUCAAGCACCACGAGUGCUACGUGCCGGGCGAGCUGCGCGUGUUCGAGAUGGUCAUCACGCCGGACCUGGAGUACCCGCUCAUCUGCGUGGACGUGCGGCGCGGCUACGAGUCAGAUGCGCUGCAGCUAGACAUGAUCAACCUGAACACGGCCAGCUCAUGGUUCCCGGGCUGCGAGUUGGAGGACAUGGACGGCACAGCGACGGUGGUGGCGCGCCACGAGCGGCUGGCCGUGCGCGCCGUCACCCAGCUGGAGCGCGAUGCCGUGCUCGUGGCGUACGAUAACGUCGUCCAGGUGGUGGACUUGCAGGGCAGGCCGACCUCGUCACGACGCCAGAUAUCGGAGCUGCAAUUCGACUUCGCCGUGGAGAGCGUCGUGUGUCUGACGGACAGCGUACUGGCGUUCCACAAGCACGGGAUGCAGGGGCGCAACUUCGCCAACAACGAGGUCACCCAAGAGAUCACCGACCCCAGCCGGGUGUUCCGCCUGCUGGGCAAUGACAGGGUGAUCACGCUGCAGAGCGUGCCGACGGCCGAGGCGGACGAGCCGGCCGGCGACAACAAGAACCUCUACAUCCUUACCGGGCACGAGGCCAUGUACUGAGGCUGACCCGCUCAUUGGUGGCCUCUCGGCGGCGUGGUAUUCGCGGCGACGCCGGCAUGCGGUCGGCCCGGCCGGCCUUGGCCGUUCCGCCUGCCGGCCCCCGACAGCGGCUAUAGGUGUCGGAACGGGACGGCGUGGCCCGGCGGCGGUGGGCGUCGCGGCCCAGCUGCAAGGAGCGCUGGCCCCUGGCGGAGGUGUGAACGGCGCCGGACCGCUCGGUGCCGGUGAGCGCGGCGGACACGCCGGCCCUGGCUUGGGCAGAGACGUGCACAGCCACAGUCGGCGGCACGGGCCGGCCGUGAUGCGCGUGACGUCAGGGUAACGGGCGGGAUCUGACCGUGCGGCGGCGGGGUCGGGUCCGGUCGGGUGUGGCCGGCGUCCGGUCCGCGGCCACAGUGAUAUUACCUGGUCGGCAGCCGGCAGCUGGCAGCCGCGUCAGACGCUCCAGACGGUCGUUGUGUGACGGGCCGUCGGGCGAGGGCGCCGGCAGCGGCGCACGCGUGGCGGGCCAUCGCGCCGCCGCCGCCCGCAGGGGCGCACUCGUGUACGUCAUCACAUCAGGAUCUGAUUUCUCCGGGUUUUUGUUAAGGCGGGCGCGUGGCCUCAUCGGCAGAUAACUUGUAAGUUUGGGUUUGUUGUGGGGUUUUGUUUUAGCGACGCACUGCUGUGCCGUCGUGUCGCUCGCCUUGCCAAUGUACCACCGGCCUACGUAGCGUCAAUUACGAUCAUCACCUGAGCGACUCAUCAUCAGAAGAUGUGGUUGUCCUUGCCAGUUGUGUGGUCCCACUUCGCAGCUCGUGCUAUCUCACCUGAAGUUACGGCUUGUACUGUAGCCAUCGGGUGGACGUCAGUAGCUUUCAGCCGGCGCUAGCGGACGCCGUUCAGCCGCAGUCUCGCUGCGUCGUCAUGGCGGAGUUCCCUAGGACGUUUUCGGCGCGCCGGGGCGGCGCGAAGACCGUGUGCUGGCGUCAGCUGACGCGACCGGGUCGGCGGCUAUUCUGUGGCAGUGGGGGCAGGACUGAGCCGGCCGCCGCCAGACCGAUUGGCCACCGCCCCCCCCCCCCCCCCCGACAAACACCGAACAUGUGCAACGCGCUGGGCCACCCGAACACUGAGCACGGCAGGGCUCCAGAUACCACCGAACUAGUCGGCUUCGUCUUAUUAUUAGGUUGUUCUCGUCGAGACGCGUCAGCUGCCGGCUUUGGUUCCAAAUGCCGCAGGGCUGUUUUCCUAUAUGGAUGCCAUGGCCAUGUAUGUUCAUAGCUGAUGUCGUAAGCAAUACUUGAUAUGUGGUUCUGUGGUGCUGAAAAAGACGUUUCGGUCAUUAAACACUCCAAUCAUAGGGAUCCAUCUAGUAAGGCACUAACUCAGUAUCUAAUGCUUGAGACUCUUCUCACCGGAAAGUUUCCUGUCAAACAGACGCUGAAAUUUGUGGUGUUUGCUGGUUCUCGCAGUAUCUCUUGUGUGGUAGGUUUGUGGCUCGUAGGCUCCAAAAGUUCUGUUCGGUCUGUAAAUGGAUGUGGUCCACCCAAAAUUUGCAACGUUAAUUGUUAGAUUAAGUAUAAAUUGGGAUUUUAAAGUGUAUCUUUUCAGUCCCAGCACACGCGGCCCCAUAGAAAUGUUGGCGCCUCCCCCAUUUGCUCCUGACUCAAGACAUCGUGACUUAAGUCUGAAGGACACCUGCAGUACCGGUUCAAGAAGGCGAUACUAGCUCUUGUACACGUUUUUUAACCAUCGUUUUAUCCUCGUUUGGAAAGAUAGGUCAAGUUGUCAGCUUGCCAAAUUGGCCUCAUCGUUGAGAAUUGCACACCAUGCGCGGGAGUCUCGUCCAUCUGCACAUGAUGCAUGGCUGCCGUCUGUAACUCGGGGUGCUGCAAGUUGCAAACAAUAGCGAACCAUGGUAAACAAUGGCUUCCUAGCCAAGGAAUGAUGAAAUCGCGCACAAUGGCUUCUCAGCUAAGGAAUGAUGAAGUCACGCAAAAUUGGCUAGAUCCCAAUGUAUGUACUGAAUUUCUUACGCAGUCUGUUUAAACUUGUGUUUGUAUCGUGCUUGCGGGACGUUGCGCUUGAGCUGUGUCUGGUUAUCCUCCCACGAGCAUUUUCCACUGUCCGCUUGUCCCGGGCGGAUUGCUUUCACCUGUCACAAAGGCAACUGUCUGACUGGAAGUUCCGGGAAUGCAGCUGUGUGCACAAACCUGCCGUCUCAAAUGCAGACUGUGGGAGGCGAUGUUGCAACAUUGUGCGACGUGCCAAUUCGCAUGUUUGCCUGGUAAAAGUUAGAGGCUCUAUUUUUUCCUUCCAAAAAUCCACUGAACUGCGUGACGUUUGAUGGGUGGUAGGUUCAGGGUACACAUAACAGCGCUUGCUUGGCGAGUACUCUGAACCUGAAGCCAUCCAUGCAAACCAGUCUGAAGACAUUUCUGAAAUAGGGGAAAAAGGGGACAGUGAUAGCCAUGCCGCUGUUGUCUGGUGCCGCGAACUUCCCGCACGAAUCGAGACGUCUCCGAGACUCGCAUCAGUAGUGGUCGCGAAGGCUCAGUUGCUGAGCGGAGGCUGUUUUCGUCCGACCGACAUUGCCGAUCAUGUUCGCUGUUGCGACUCGCGAUUGACUUACAGUGGCGCUCCGCCGGCGGGCGAGGUCGCUUUCCGAGCCGGCGCUGUCCAGCCGGCCACGACGGUGUGGAAGUCGUAGAACUUACAGCGCUUCAAGCUGUUUAGAGCGCAAACUGUGUGUGACAGACAAUCAUGUGUCGCGGCUGGCCGUGCGCCGCAUCGGGACAACGCGUGUGCGCCGUGUGCACCGGCUCUGGAGGGGCGCGGGCGUCUCGUGCCUGAGACGCGUCCGCCGACUCACUACUAGUCUGCUGCAUCUGGGCAUCGGUUCUGAAAUUGUCUUUCCAUGAGUGCGUGGGGCGGAGGCUGUUUUCCGUUGUUGCGCAAUGCUACCAAAUAUGGCGACCACGAGGCCGCGGCGUCAAAGCCGCUGCUGGGAAGUGUGAUAGGGAAAGCGUGUUUCUAAUGUUGUACAUAACUCAUGUGUUAAAGAUCAUUUUUGUAAUAUAACAUUAUUGCCUGCGUA